CGCAGUCGCGCACGCACACCGCAGUGAUCGCUCGGACGCCGACCGCGUCGCACGUACCGUAUGUAGCAGCAUACCAUCCGACCUGACCCCGAGUGACCCCAAAAAGUGCACGGCGGCCGACACGAACGAAACGAAUCCGCGACCAUUCCGCGCAUAACUUAAAAUUAAUAAACUUAAACAUUAAUAUCGAACUAACCGCUUUGCAAUAACAUAUGUGAGCUUCAUUAAUUAGCGAAUUAACAUAUAAGGUGAUAAUCUAAAGACUGCGAGUGACGGAGCGCCAAGUUAAAUGUGUUAGGCGCAGGACCGGCGGACAGUAUGUCUGAGGGCGACGUGUCGCUCGUCCGCGACGAGGACGUGCUGCGGCGGAUGUGGCAGCAGACGGAGGACUUUUCCCGCAAGAAGGAGAUCCGCGCGCACAUGUACCGGCUGCGCGAGGAGCGCCUGCGCGACCUGUACUCGCCCGAGCCCGGCGCGGACGCUAAAGGUUGUGAGUUUACAACACAAGCCCACGUGAAAUCGUUUGCCGACCAGAACUUCCAAUCGAUGAAAAGCAAGGAGGUCCGCGAUGCGAGCUCCCCGACCAAGGAGUUCUCUUACCGCGGCCAAGAUCUCAAGGACCUUUCCAACGCUGGCUGGAAUGUGGAAUCUGAGAACAGAACUACCGACGAUGGCCACACUCAAGUGAAGUCGGUCCACGCUAACAUAGAGGGUAGAUACGACGUCGACGGUGGUCAAGGGCAGUUCGCCGCCGUAGACUACAACAAACAAGCCACGACCGAUUACGACGAUGGAAAAACUAGCCUCAAACGUAACGAGAACGUUUCUAACACCGCAGCUCACGAGCAAGUCGUGCGCAAGACUAAAGACGGAGUGCAUUCCUCAUCGACGACGAGUUCUUCUACCUCUACAUCGAAAUUCGAGCAAGUUUCUUCUACUCGCGAAGCCGUGCCAUAUCUAUCCAAUGAUGAUUAUGACUCAUCUUUACGCAAGACUUACGAUACCAAUCGCAAUGAUGAAGUCGCUUCCGAGAGAUUUACAAAACAGAGUACUAGUGAACGUGAACAAAACUCAAGAACUGAUAUAAAUCAAGGGGAACUGGUCUCCAGGAAAGUUGAUUAUCCAGAUGACAAUACAAAAGUUAUAGUAGAAACUAGGUGUUUGCCAGACGGCACAAGAGUAACUAGCACGCGCCGAGAGUUCCGAGCUCCUUCAGUUCAAACGAGCCGUUCAGAACAACAUUCUCAUCAAACAAGGACGGAGAAUAAAUCUUAUGAAACGUCACAAAAAAAGUCGCACGUAAAUGAGACUACUUCAAAAACUAUUCGCGAGUCAAUCAAUGACAGAAACAAUAUUGUAGAUUCCCAAAAGAUUAUUGACGACCAUGAUUUCAAACGCAACCAAAUUAAUUCUGAAAAUAAAUUCGAUGAUUACAAUCAAAAUAUUGAUCAAUAUAAAAAUCAAAGAAGAGUGGAUUCUCACGUCACUAUUGAUAAUUACGACUACAAAACAAAUAGGGAUCAUUCAAUAAAUAAAAAUGAUGAUUAUAAACAAAACACUAAUCAAUAUAAAGAACAGCGGAAACAUGAUACAAAUUUUAAUGAAACUAACCGUAGAGAAGUAAUUACUAAAAAUAAUGACGAGAACAUUAUUAAACAUAGCGACAUCAAUGAGACUCGUACGAAAAAAAGUAUUGAUGAAUAUGUAACUCGUGAAAAUUUUGUAGAAAAGAUAACAAAUACUGAUCAAUAUCACUCUACAUACCAGACAGAUUUUACUCAAAGAAAAAUAAGCAAUGAUCUGAGUCCUGCUCACCAAGCAUGGGCAAGUACUCUGCGUUCUGAUACUCCAACGAGACCUUCAACAAGAGCUUCUUCACCUGGAAGUAAAACUUUUAAAUCAAGCACAUCUUCUUUAAGAAGUAGUGUGAGCCCUGAUAAAACUUAUAAGAAACCAUCAAGUCGAGGCGAAAGCCCUGAUAAAAUUCACAGAAAACCUUCUAGUCGAGAGACAAGUCCUGAUAAAACUUUCAGAAAACCCUCUAGCCGUGGUGGUAGUCCGGAUAAAAUUUAUAAAAAACCAUCAAGCCCAGAGACAAGCUCUGAUAAAACUUACAGAAAAACGUCUAGUAGAGGAGAAAGCCCCGAUAAAAUUCUCAGACAACCGACAAGCCGAGAAACAAGUCCUGAUAAAUUUUACAGAAAACCUUCGAGCCGAGGAGUAAGCCCGAGCAAAAUUGAAAGAGAUUCUCUUUCUCACAGUAUUGUGUCCGAUAAAUAUACGAGUACUCAAACGAAUACUUUAAUUACGGAAAUAAAGACAAACUCAUACAAUAGUUCUGAAGAGCGUCCACAAGAAAACCGUCGGCCAAGACUGAGUAAGAGCCCAGAAAAACCAUUGAACCGUUCCAGGCCAAGUUCUAGUCCAGAUAAAAAAAAUAAUAAUAAAUUUAUUAAUGACAGGCCAUGCUCGCCAACCAAAAUUAUUGAAAAAACAAUAUCUCCUCAGAGAUGGAACUCUAGUCCAUUGGACGGAAGACCGACAGAUACGACUUCCGCUCCACGUUCAACGUCGCCAAAACAACAAAGCCCUGAUCGAAAAAAACCGGAAUCACAGCAUAAAAAGCCGGAUAAUGAAUCUCAUAGAGUCUCAAGUCCAGAGCACAAAUACCCCAAAUCUAUAUCUCCAACCAGGAGUUCAACCGAACCCCUUCAAAAAUAUUCUCAGACCCCAUCGCCUAUUAAAAAUGUAAGCCAAGAGCCAGAAGAAACAGUUUAUAAUGAACCUGGUUAUAUGAGACCAACUGCUACAAGCAAACCGAGAAGGAGUGAAACAUCACCUACGAAACACAUACCUUUUAAAAGCCCCGAACGCGAAACUUCCAAAAGCAUUAACAAAAUUUCAGACCAACAUUACAAAUUUAUUGAUGAAGAAACUAAAAUGUAUACUCGUAAUGACAAUACGCUAGUUCAUGUCAUCCAAAAUGUAAGCAGUGAUGAAGUAAUAACUGAAACUAUUCCAAAUAAACAUAAUAUAUCUGACUCAGAACAAUUACCACGACAUCAUUCACCAAGUCCUGAUGUUUACCCUAAAAAAUCUCCCUCUUCUCCAACGAAGACAAGUCCAGUAAAAGAAAGAAAUUACGAUGAAGACCUACCAGCAUCUAAAAAAUCACCAACUAGAAAUAUUUCAUCGAACUAUAAAAGCCCUAAUAAAGAUGAUUCACCACAAAAAAGUCAAUCUCCAAGUAGGAGUAAAUCGCCUAAAUCAGUUUCUACGAACCGUUACAGCCCAAUAAAAGAUGAUCAACCUAUUUUAAUAGAUAAUAAUGACAAGAAACUUCAAGACCGAGAAAGGUCACCCUUUAAAGACUCUCCUCAUAAAGUUGAACCUAAAAAUAGAUCUAAUGAUGAUAAACAGAUCAUUUCCAAAACUACAAAUAUUCCCGAUUUUAACCUUUCUCCUGAACAGUUAAACAAACAGACUGUUAAAGAACCAUCACCAUCCAAAUUUGGAACUUAUGAUGUAAAACAAAGAACAUUCAAAGAAGAAGUUAAACAAGCCAAUGAAGUUACUAAAACUUCUAAUGUUGAAGCUCAUCCAGUUCCACCUAAAACAAGACCUUCGCAGAAACUUGCAAGUAAAUCUCCAAGAAAUAGUACUUCACCAGUCAAAAUUUCUGCAAGGGAUACGUCAUACAAGCAGACGUCUGAUUUUAUAAACACAGAAAAAACUACUGAAGGAAUUAAUAAAACAACUCAAAAAGAACGACCAAGACAAUUAAUCACUCCAUCUACUAGUCCAACUAGAAAACCUAAAAAUGAACAACCUCCAUCAUCCGGACAAAGUUCACCAACUACUUCUGUUAGUGGUUUCGUUUACUAUCGGUCAUCCGUAGAUGAUAAAACAAUAGUAACAGACUUGGAUGAACAAGAUUUUAACAUUGAACUAAAAAAAAUUACAACCCAUGAACAACCUAUGGAUGAUGGAAAUAAUAAAGAUUGGCCUUCUUCAAAAAUACCAUGCAGAUCGCCAUCACCAGAAAAGCGUUCUACAAAAGAGACACUUCCUAGAAAAAGUUCUUUAAAAAAAUCUUCAAUUACUCAAAUAUCACCCACGGAAAAACCUCCUUCAAGUUUCAUGAUAUCGCCAAGUGUAGAAACUAAAGAUUUUACUGAACAUAAAGUCCAAAUAAAUGAUCAUCUCGAUAAAGAAAAAGACAAACCAGUGAAAACAAAGCCACCCUUUGAACGACGUGAAACGUAUGAAGAAAGAUGUCGUAAAAUCUUAGGCAUGAUUGUUACUGAUACUACUGAAACAGAAUCUGUGACAAAGAAAAAUUUAUCAAAUACCAAAACUGUGGAAACUGUUAGUUCAUCAAGUGUCUCGCCUUGCAGAAGUCCUUCACCAGGCCGAGACUUGUUAUCUAACAAAUCUUUAAUAAAUGAAUCUGAGAAUAAGGAAAAAACGACGGUUAGCUUAAGUAUCAUCACUGAUACUUCAAAGAAAACUAAAUCUCCAUCAAGAGAUGCAUCCCCUACAAAACUGCAAGAUAUUACAUCAAUAACUAAUGAUGAUCAAUAUAACACUGAUUACUUUUCAGAUAAAACUUUCACUGAAGACAAUACAAAAUGUUCACUGUCACGCGAAACAAUUAAAAACAAAUGUAUUCAGGAACCUACUGAUCAGAAGACAAAGUUACCUACAUCAGAUUUUAGGUCUGAAAGUAAUACUGUUAAGAAUAAGUAUACUCCGACCUCCUUCACAAAUGAGCUUCAUGAUCAACAACCGAUAAAACCUUCCGUAGACACUAAAUCUGAAAUCUCGACGAAACAACCACUAGAACACAAAGACGGUCCUGUUCGUACAGCACAUGAAAUAUAUAGUAAACCAACAACUAUUGCAGCCAAAUCAAACCGGUCACCCAGUCCAACUAAAAAACAAAUGACACCUAAUGUGUCUUAUAUAAAGUCUGAAAUCACUGAAACUGACCAUGAAACCAGUGUAAAAAAUAUUAUAAAUGUUAUUGAAGAUGAAACAGAUUAUGUACCAACAGUAAAAUCAACAUGCAAAAUUCCUGUAGGAAAAGCUAGUCCUAUAAAAAACACCGAAACAAAGAUUUAUAAUAAUACAGUGUUGACUAAAAAAUCAGAAUUGAACACUGAAUUUAUUAUUUCUGAAAAAGAAACAGAAGAAUCAGAUAGAGAACAAAAAUUACCAAGGAAUCUAUCUCCAAGCAGCUAUGAAAAAUCUCCAAUUAAAGAAAAACAUCAAAUAAAAUCGGUUAGUAUGCCUUAUGAAGAAAUAGUUUUAGAAAGUAUGAAUAAUCAUACGACUAAGGACAUUAAAAUUGAAAAUGAUGAUACUACUUAUAUUGAAAAAAAUGAUAGAGUUAAAGAUCAGAAAAUAACUAGCAGACCACCAUCAAGAAAUGUUUCACCUACAAAAAAAGUAUCCAAUGUGUCUCCAGCACCAUCUAGAAGUAUAUCUCCUAAAAAACCGCAAUCACCAAUUGAGAGGCCACAAUCUCCGCAGGUAACCAAAAUAAGUGGCUUAAAACCUAGAGAACCGGUGUCUUCUAAUAUACGUAAACCUUCAGCGAAUGCAACAUCACCGACAAAAAUAGAUAAAACUUCCACCAAUGAUGUGAAAAAGCUGAACACUAUCAUAAAACAAUCUAGUUUAACAAAAACAACAUCAAAUAAAAUUGCCACAAAUAAAAUUACUCAUGCAAGUGUCAACAAAAUUUUAGAUCACGAGCCUAAAAAGACAGCUUCACUAAAAACCUCUAAAGAUAAUGUGAAAAAAGACGUAGAAAUAAAGGUCACGCGAACGACUAGUGAUACUACUUUGAAAACUAAAAAGUCUUCACCUCAAAGAAAUAGAUCUAAACCUGAAAUUCAAGUCAACGAUAAAGCAACUAAACAACCAUCUUUAACAAACAAAUAUCACAAAAUUUUACCUAAAGAAUCACAUACAAAAUUGCCAACAAGCAAACCUAAAUCUGCUACUGCUCUUAAUACAUCCACUGAUGAAGACGAUGUAAUAAUUGAUGUUCAGCAAGCAAAAUCAUCCCGUGAAAAUUCACCAGAUCGCAUAUGUCCAACACCAGUCGGAUUUUUAGAUGAUGUUGGUACACCUAGGUUCCCUGAUGAAGUUAAUGAACCCGACGAUGAACUGCAUAGUCGAACACAUCAGACAAUACAUGAAACAGAGUCUAUAGUAGAUGACAUUGUGGAAAUAUGUGAGGAUGAUGAACUAUUUGUUAAAAGAACUAAUACAGAUAAUUUAAAAUAUACCGAUGAAAUUUAUGAUUUAAAUGAUAAAGUAUCUAAAUUUGAUAUUAAAAUAGGUAAAAAUAUCAAAACAAAAGACACGAGCACUCGAUUUAAAGACACUGAAAUAAAAGUACAUUCAGAUUUAAUAGACGAAAAUUUAAAAUCAGACCAAUGCUUGCUCUCAGUCUCGGAAAAAGUUAACAAGUUUGCUAAAGGGCCGAUUGAUGCAAAAGAUAGAAGUCCUUCUCGUAAUAUUGUGGAAGAGUAUGAUAAGCAUUCUACUUUCCAGGAUGACUACACAAAAUUAAGCGUCAAUGAUAAAGCUCAUUUAUUUAUUGAAACAGCUGAAAAUAUAAAAACCACUAAUAAAACAAAGCCUGCCCAAAGGAUUGAGCGUCCUGAUUUAAGCAGUGUAGAUGACGCUUUGAAAAGCGAUGAUUGUUUGCUCAGUGUUUCAGAUAAGGUAAAUAAAUUUGUAAAAACUGCAGAACAGUUUUUAAAUGAAACCAUUGAAAGCGAAGAGAAGGAAAAAAGAAUAAAAGAGCAACAUGAAAAAAUAAUGAGGAAAAUUGUAGACAGUCAGGACGAUAAUAUAAAAAUUGAGCGCCUGAACAAUAAUAUAGAAGAACAUGACGAUACGCUUGAAGCUAAGUCUAACAUACAUUUAAGACAAAACUCCUUUGCAAAAGAGACUGCAUCAUCUAGUGCAAAAAUAAAGGAUCCGGUCAACCCCGAUAUAAGGCUUAUUGACAAAACAUCAACUGUUAAAGUAACUACUUUGCGCAGUAGUGAUGCAGUAAAAAAAGCCAAGGCUUUGUUUGAAAAUAUUGCUUCUACGACAACUCCUAAAAUAAAAGAACAACCGCAUAGUAAAACUCUAAAAACACCUGAUACAAGUUCCCUAAAAACUUCCGCAAAUGCUCGGCAACCUUCUUCUGAAUACGAAGUUCCAAAAUAUGAAGAUCUAAAACAUAUUACUUCAGAAAAAGUUAUUUUAAAAGAGUCUAUUUCAGAAACCGUUGACAUAGGGGCUAAUCAAAAGGAGAAAAUUCAAAGCAGUCCUGCUCGUAAAAGGCCACAGUCACCUGAAACUAUUAGACCAAGUUCCCCCUUAUAUAAAACAAAGGAAAAAUCUUCCUCUACAAUAACCACGAUCACUGCUUUAACUGAAGUACCACAUCAAGUGCGUCCAAGCCAUGAGAAAUCUGAAAAUCUGCACGACAAGGUGCCGGGGUAUCAAAGACCCACAAAAACCAGUCAACUAAAGGAAGAAAAUAAAGUCAUAGAGGAAACUGAUGUAAGUAGUAGACGUGGCAGCGGAAAGUUUGGCAUUGAACUCCGCAGGACAAGUAUAGAGAGAUCAACAGCGAGCAAUGAACGCCGACGCAGUAGUGUCGAGCACUAUCAACCCUGCAUUGAAGAUAUUUUUGACCUAGACCUCCUAGAACAAAUGUUGGAAAAGGUCGUGGGCUAUGAGCAGCGGAGGCGUAUAAGAGCACAUAUGCGUGUGGCAAAAAAGAAAAUAGAGAGUGAACAUGUUACAAAAACUAAACAAAUUGUUACUAAAACCACCAAAACUCGAUCACCUGAACGUCAAAGCCAACACAAGUCACCUGAACGCAAGCCUGCAAAUCAAAAACCAUAUUCCCCUGAAAGACAAGUCAAGCAAGCUCCACAAAAGGCAGCUACUCCAGACUAUAGCGGGAAACAAUCGCUAUCAAUGCCUUUGACAUCAGAACUCGCUCAUCCAAAAGAAGAUAAGUCAAUGUUAAAUGAACAUGAUAAAGAGCCUAUAGACACUUUGCACUAUAAGGAUGUUAGAUCACACAGUCCUUCUAAAUUAGCACCAAAAACACCUGCUAAGUCUAAAAGUCCCCUACAGCCAUCUAGCCUUGAUAAAAAAACCAGACCUGUUUCACCUUCAAAGACUACUACGCCGAAACCGAAAACUAAUCGUUUUAGCGAGUACGCUUCUGCUUACAUGAAGAAAGUUGGACUUAAUGAAAACGAUAAAAAUUGCAUUUCAGAUGUAAAAGUAAAAAAGACAUCUGCAGACCAGCACAAACUUAAAAAGAUGGAUACCCAUCAUUCCGUGGAAACAAAAUAUUCGAAAACGGUAUCAAAAAAUGUGACAGAACGAAAAUCUUCAAAGGAUACUGUUGAAACAAUCCACAUCAAUGGUAAAAGGUCUCAAUCACCUCAAAAAAUUAUAUCUGAAAGUCAAAGUCCAGUUCUCCAAAGAAAGGUUGACUUGGAUAACAAUAAGUACAGUUCUGAUCGAACACACAGCCCCAAUAGAAAACCACACGUCCCGGAAACGAUUGUUCACCAACCCGAUCAUAAGAGUCCUGAACGUAAAGCUUAUGUUACAGAGCGUAAAGCUCAUAGUCCAGAUCGCAAAACUCACAGUCCAGAUCGCAAAACUCACAGUCUAGAUCGCAAAACUCUCAGUCCAGAUCGCAAAACUCACAGUCCAGAUCGCAAAGCCCACAUUAUAGAUCGCAAAACUCACAGUCCAGAUCGAAAAUCCCACAUUACAGAUCAAAGCCCUGAACGUAACGUUCAAUCUGCUGAUCUUAGAACACAGAGCCCAGCUGGACUACGUAAGCUUGAUCGCCCUGACCUUAAUCGUCAGAAGUCUGACACAACCAAAACCAAAAAGGAAACUAUUAUAAAAACUGUUUACGAAAUUGAGAAUAAGAUACCCCCAAAACAAAAACAGGAGGAGAAACCUUCGUGGGUCACGAACAGGAACUUGAAAAAGAUAACAUCUGAGACGCGCACUUUCAGCACAAAGAAAAUCGAGUCUGAAAAACCUAAAUAUCGUUCUACGAGUCCAUCUAAAAUUAUUUCAAAGCCUCUCGAUGUAAUUACGUCUAGCUACGGGCCCGGACCUCUGGAUGCAGACGGUAGACCUUUGUUUGGUAUCAAGGCUUUGAGAAAUGGGGCAUCGAAUUACCAAGUGAAAGGCACCGUUAUUCGCCAAGAGUUCCACUCGCGGAACGGCAGCGAGCCCGAAGGCACCGUCUCGGUGACGGCGUACUCCACGGAGCCUCAGGACUUGGAGAAACUCCUCCAGACUCAAGGGGAGAAGCCCUCGAGGUUCCUGCACGGCUUGGCGGCGAUCACCACGACCAAGAAAUUCGGCGGAGACACUGGUACCACACUAAGCGCAGUUAAUAACAAAGAAGAACGCGCCGCACUAGAUCAGUUCACACAGAGCAACCGCCGAAUAACCGAGAGCAGAAUCACCAGCGGAACCAGCAGCGUCGACAGAAGAGAACAGAAGUACACACAGGAACAGAACGUAGACAUAGCCGAGCCUGAUUUAAAAGAGGCACAGAAUAUAACGGAACGUAUCACUGAAAUUGUUGAAAACACUGAUCAUUUAGACGGAAGGGAUAACGAGAGACGUGUCUUGAAGGACAGAAAAGCUGAAGCGAAAGACAACAAACAAAACAAGAAAGUGCAAGAGAAGUCCGAAAGGAGAGUGGAAAUGGAGACCGUGAAAAGGAGAGGAAAUGAAAAUUCGGAAAAGAUGGACAAACGAGUGGACGAUCGAAAAACAGUCAGACAAAGUUCUGUGAAAUCCCUUACGGAGAAAUACAUAAAGAGUGCUAGCGAGACAUCGAAGACAGACCGCGCGACGUACCCCAAGGCCGGUCUGAUCCUGCGCACCUCCACCAUGAAAGACAGCGUCUCUAGCGACUCCUCCACUCAUGCUGGUCUGGCCCGCACGGACAGCGAGCACAGCCUCGCGUCGGUGGACGACGUGGUGACCACCACCACGGAGCAAGUGAACGACGGAGUACGCACCACCACCACGACCACGGAGCGAGUGGACGGCGGCGUGCGCACCACCACCACCAGCUCGCGCACCCAGGGCCGCAUGCAGGAGCGCUCCUUCCUCGACAGCUCCACCAAGGUCACCGGCGUGCAGGACAUUCUGACGAGGAUGAAGAAUGCUGACAUAGUGAUCGAGGACGGCGACAGCAGCGCCGACACGGAGGCGCGCGCGCUGCUCAACAAGUUCUUGGGCGCCACCGUGCUGAUGGCCGGCAUGCAGAGCUACGUCACCGAGAAGCCCACCGGGAAGGUGCUCGUCAAGCAGGAGACGGUCCAGACCAGCGGCGGAAAAACCACCAGCAGCCGCCACAUCGAGGAAUUUGACAUCGAGCAGUGCUGGGACGAGCGCGUGCUGCGCAAGCUUUUGGACGAGUGCGCGGACUACGAGCAGCGGCGGCGGCUGCGCGCGCGCCUGCGCACACUCAUGGCCGAGCAGGAAGCGUGCGCGAGCGCGGUGACGGCGGCGCUGGCGGCGGCCGACGAGCGCGCCGACGAGCCGGCCGAGCGCGAGGAAGAGGAAAUGACGACUGUAACAUCGAGCGUGAGGAGGAACUCGACCGAGAACACCAUUAGCAGUAGCACCACCAUCAAAAAUACUAAAGUGAUCGAGAGCAUGACCAGGCCGGCGCCGAAACCAGUUUCGCCGUUCGCCAAAUUCCGUCAGCUCGAAAAGCAAAACUCUACUAACUCUCCCAACUCGCCCAAGAGCCCGCAGAGCCCGGGCUCUCCGUCGCAGCCUUACUUCAAGUUCACGGACCCCGCGCUGCAAGCCAGCGCCGUCACUAUAAAAGAGCGCUUGCUGCAGUGGUGUCGCGACAAGACACGGGAUUACGAGAAUGUGAAGCUGGAGAACUUCUCGACGAGCUGGGCGGACGGGCUGGCGUUCUGCGCGCUGCUGCACCACUUCCUGCCCGACGCCUUCGACUACGCGGCGCUCUCGCCGGACAGACGCCGACACAACUUCACGCUCGCCUUCAAAGUUGCCGAUGAGAAGGCGGGCAUCUACCCCCUACUGGACGUGGACGACAUGGUGGCGAUGCGCAAGCCGGACUGGAAGUGCGUGUUCACGUACGUGCAGUCCAUCUACCGGCGCUUCAAGGACGAGCGCUGAGCGCCGCACGCCGCCGCACGCCGCCGCGCAGUGGAACGGGCACACGCUACUUUACACGUCCCCAUAGCACCAGACCUUGACUUUGUUCUGUUUCAUUACACCCAGUACAAAGUUUAAACAAUCCACACCCAUUGGCAGAAUAUUUUGUGAGUAAUACCUGUUUUGUUAAAGCAUCGAUAAGAAUAUUAUUUGUUCAGGUCUGGUGAUAUGGGGGCAAACCAUCAUUCCACUCUACAUGUUAAUACGUGAUAUUAGAACCUUGUUCAUUUAAAGAUUUUUAUCAAGGUAAAAGAGAUCACAACCUUUGAUGUCACAAUAAAUUUAAUAAAUUAUUUAUUAUUUUCAUCGAGGUUCUACUGUCGCAAAUAACAAAACUGGUAUCCCGUGUCUCGAUACUAUAAUGACAUUUCCUAUUUACAGUAGAAAUGGAAUACUAAAGUAGCGUUUUCUUGUUCUCGAUUCUGUGUAACAUUGAAAUCAUAUCAUUUUACUGCAUGCAAAUUAUUUUGACAGUGUUGAACUGUCAAGUUUAAAGUUAUAAAUGCAUGUGAUACGAUUUCAAGGUCACAUGGUGUCAGCGUCUAGUAGCCAGAGUGUGCAGUAGUCGAACCGUGUAGGUCACAAAUGUGUAGUGGAAGAUUAGUGAGUCCAAAGAGCGUAUGUUACACACUGCUGUACAGUAGACGGAAGCUUCGACACAUCUGUAAGAAACCAAGCCCUCAAUCUUUAUAUCAUAGAUAUUGUAAAUAACUUAACGCGUCAUCGUAUUUUUAGUCAACGUCUUUAGCUAUAGAGUUGUAUGUCACAAAAAUAUUUCCUUUCUAUAUAAUACUUACACAUUAGGUACUAUUCUUUACAAUUCCCUAUUUUUGAAAUUCUUUCAUAAUUUUCUUGUAUAAUUUCGCUCAAGCUUCAGUGUGGGCCGUGUUUCUUGGUUUGUCGUCUUCCGUGUAGUGUGGCGCAGUGUGUUGUUGUGUUGUGUUGUUAUUGUUUGUGUUACGUUGUCAGAUGUUUAUCCAAUUCGCCCAACUCGUCGUAUCUCCGCGCGCAGUCUCGUGUACACUCCUCCUAUUUAUUUAUAAUCUCAAGAUGUAUGUGAUUUUUUUAUAUUUAGUAUGUAAGUUUCACUAACAGUUUAUACUGUACACAGAGAAAUCCGUAGAUAAUAUCAGUAUGUGUUGUAACGUUCAAACAUAACUGAUGCCCAUGAUGUUAAUAUUUUAUGACGAAGUUUAUGACGUCACAAGUUGCAUACCCAUAGUGACCAUUUAAGAGAAUCCGAAAGUGGUCCCAGGAGUUCCAAACUGUCCAGAUGGCGCUAAUAAGGCCACAAAAGAUUUGAAUUCGGCCGUUAAGAAAUAAUGAAAAACACGUCUGUUUCUUCUCUAUGAGAGCUUCUCUUUUCUGUAAAUGUCUACGAAGUCUACAGAUGUCUCUGUGUACAGCUACAUUUCGAGCGAUAAUUGUAUUUGUAGUUCAUAGCCGUGUAACGUGGCGGUAAUAUUCGCUAUAAAUGUUAUAACGACGCACUGAGAGCUUCCCGCGAGAAUCUUCUUCACUUAUUUAUCUACAUAAGCAAGAUGCAUCCUCGUGUCGCUUGUGCGAGCCACUGUGUGCUUUGUGACGUUCAAAUCGUAACAACAAUGUAUAAACGUGUUACACCGUCCGCGCCUUUACAAUGUUUUUGAUUUUUAAAAUGAUAAGAGGCCUUAAGUUAAUGCUAAAUCGACUUUAACAUAUAAAUGCACUUUUUGUGGUUUUCGAUUGCGUUUUCAACGUCACAAGUUACAGGAUACCUACUUUUCUAACAAUAUUCUAUUUUACAAUUACGACAUUAAGUUAUAUUUAAAUGCUUCAAAUAAUUGACUAUUAUAUUGAUAAAUUCAUAAAUUUUAUUAUUGACCUUAAUUUUAAGCCUAAUUUAUAUUGAUAAUAUUAUUAUAAUGAAAUUAAAUAUUACGAUUAACAAUUUUUAAUAA